AUGUCCUUCGGCGGUGGAUUCGGCGGCUUCGGCGCCAACAACAACAACAACCAGUCCACGGGCUUUGGUGGAUUUGGUUCAAGUAACAAUAACAACACAACUGGCUUUGGCUCAAAUGCGAACACCGGUACAAGCAUAUUCGGCGGCGCUGGCGCCGGUAAUACGGGCAGCACCAUGUUCGGCGGCGGCAACACCAACCCGAGCUCGCCUUUCGGAGGCGGAGGUGGCUUUGGUGCCAACACCAACACCAACACUGCCUUUGGCUCGAAACCUUUCGGUAGCUCAACGACCGGCGGCGGACUCUUCGGCGGUGGUGGUACUACCGGCAGCGCAUUUGGAGGAGGAGGCUUCGGCGCGACCAACAACAACACGACGUCCGGAUUUGGUGCCACCAACACAAACACUGGAGGAGGUAUAUUCGGCCAGGCCAAGCCAGCGGGAGGCUUCGGCACAACAGCCACAGCAACAACUGGUGGCGGUCUUUUCGGAGGCGGCAACACUGGCGGUGGAUUUGGCGCCGCCAAUACCAACGCCACUACAGGCGGAUUCGGUGGCGGUGGCUUCGGUGCCGGUAGCAACCCUCCCGCGAAUAACGGUACCGCCAGCACACCCUUCCAGCCAUUCUCCGAGAAGGAUGGUACUACCGGCAACGCGCAGUCGCAGUACCAAACCAUCACAUUCCAACAGCCGUAUCAGACAUACUCUCUCGAAGAAUUGCGUGUAGCCGAUUACAACCAAGGUCGCCGGUAUGGCAACGGAAAUGGUCAGGCUGGAGCAUUUGGACAGAAUACUGGAUUUGGGGGCUUCGGUAGCAACACAAACACAACUGCUACUACAGGUUUUGGGGCUAACACCAACACCGGAGGUAGUCUUUUCGGCGGUGGCAAUGCCAACACCAAUACCAAUACCACAUCAGCGUUUGGGGGAGGAGGCUUCGGCGCGACCAACAACAACACCACUGGUGGCGGUCUCUUCGGUGGUCAAGCUAAGCCUGCGACUGGAGGACUUUUCGGUUCCACCAACAACACCACAACUGGCGGCACGACUGGCGGUCUCUUCGGAGGCGCCACCACUAACAAUACGACUGGAGGAUUCGGCACUGGUGGUGGGUUUGGUUCUUCGACAACCGGCGGCGGUGGCCUGUUCGGCCAGAAGCCUGCGACGUCCACGACCGGCGGUCUCUUUGGCGGUUCAAGCACCAACAACACUCCAUCUGCACCAUUCGGCGGCUCGACAAAUACUGGAGGCGCUUUUGGUCAAACGAACACCGGCGGUGGUCUCUUUGGCCAGGCCAACAACCAAACCACCACUGGUGCAUUUGGUGCCACAAACACUACCACAAGUACAGGCGGUGGACUAUUUGGCGGUAGCACUGGCGGUGGCUUCGGACAAAACAACAACACUCCUGCUCAGAACACUACGACCGGUAGUCUCUUUGGCGGCGGUGGGUUUGGUCAGAACAACCAACAGCAGAACCAGCAGAAGCCCGGUGGUCUGUUUGGCGGCGCAAGCACUGGCACUACGGGCGGUGGUCUCUUUGGUCAAACCAACCAGACUCAGCCAUCCACUGGUGGUCUGUUUGGUAGUUCUACUGCAAACAACAACACCAGUACUGGAGGCCUAUUUGGCCAGAAACCUGCUACUGGCAGCACGUCUCUUUUCGGUGGUGGCAACACUGCCAAUACCGGAACCUCUGGAGGCUUGUUCGGCAACGCCGGUGCUUCAAACAACCAACAAAACACAGGUGGUUCAGGCUUGUUCGGCGGCAACAGCAACAAUAACCAACAGAGGCCAGGCGGCCUAUUCGGCAGUACUACAGCCAACACAAACACAGGAGGCGGUCUCUUUGGUGGACAGCAGAACAACAACCAGUCGAACCUGGGCGGCUCCCUCUUCUCCAGCCAAAAUCAGCAGCCACAGCAACAGCAAAACCAGAACAGCUUGUUUGGUGCUUCUGGAAGUUCUCUGCUCAACACCUCCAUUGCUACUAAUCCAUAUGGUAACGACGCUUUGUUCGCUGGACUUUCAACUCCCUCACAGAGCCCUGGCCCGAUCGCAACUCCUCUGUCCAACAGCCAGAAGAACAAGAGCAAAGGCAUACUUCCUCAGCACAAGCUGAACCCCUCUGCAUCGACGCGUCUGAUCACUCCACAAAGCAAGUUGGGCGGCUAUGGGUUCAGCUAUUCGGGCGCCUCGAGCCUGGCCGGUAGCACUGGUUUCAAUGGAAGUCUCUUUACGAACGGUCAUCUCUCCAGGUCACUAGGCAAGAGCGUGUCUACUAGUAACCUCCGUAAUAACUUUACCCCGGACACUAGCAUACUCUCCCCGGGCGCAUUCACCACCACUGGUCGCAAUUUCGGAAACGGCAAUCUCAAGCGACUGAACAUCAACCGAAACAUCAACGGUGGCCGCACUCCGCUGUUCGAUGAGCCUUCACAGAAGCGAGUCAGCUUUGCUCCUGGUGAGGAUGUCAACGGCGAGAUGAACGGAGAGACUGCCUUGGUCGUUCGAAGGGACGAGGGUGACGCCUCUCCAAGGGCUGCUGACAACCAGACAAACGGCGAGUCCCCUCGUCCAGCUAUGCAGGAAGUCAACGGCUCAGAAAUGGCUCGCGUUGAUGACCCCGCGCUUACACCAAAGUCCGCGUCUUCUGUCAACAUCCAGCCUGGUCAGGAUCCUAAGCCCGGCGAGUACUGGUCUAGCCCAUCUUUCGAGCAGCUGAAGAGAAUGAGCAAGCAGGCGCUUAAGAGUGUACCUAACUUCGUUGUUGGCCGUCACAACAUUGGUCAGAUUAAGUUUAACCACGGCAAGCCUGUCGACUUGUCAGAAGUCGACCUUGACAAACUAUUCGGCGACAUUGUGCAGCUCAAUGCACGCAAUGCCACCGUCUACGGCGAGACCUGCACCUGCCUGCCAAAGCCACCGCUGGGCAGCGCCCUGAACCAGCCUUCCGAGAUUGUUCUUGCCAAUUCGUGGCCUCGCAACAGAGCUGGCAAGAAGGAUGUUAAGCAUCUUGAGCGCCUCAAACGAGUGGCGGGCACGACUUUCGUCAAGUACAACCAGUCCAAUGGUGAAUGGACGUUCACUGUUCCUCAUUUUUCCUCGUAUGGCCUGGAUUAUGAUGACUACAGCGACGACGAAGAGGAAUAUUCGAGCGAGCUGAGUGACGUCCCUGAUACUCCAGCAGAUCAACACCGCUCUAGCGAAAUGACUAGUACGCCCCAGCAGGAAUCGUUCGUCAGUCCGCAGUCACAGUCUCAGUCUAGCCCUGAUGACACUUUCGAUUUCAAAAAGGGUAUGCGAUCGCGCUCCGGCGUCCCCGGUGGUUUUGGUGACGAAACCGUUUAUGAAGACGACGAAGAGAUGCGUGACACUCAGGGCGAGUCUUUUUUAGGGCAUCGCUCCGUGGGUUCGCUUGAUGGUGAGCAAGAUGCUGACCAAUCUGAAGAGAGCGAAUUGGAUUUGGUGCACGAGCAGAGCAUGGCGGAUUCUGUAUCGGGGCCAUUUCGAACCACGGAGCGAGCGACCGCUAUGGAUGAUCCAUUCACGGGCUCAUUGAUGCCAAAGUCUAUUCUCAAACCUAGUCAAUUUAUCAGGCCAGGGGCGGGAACACCAACGAAAGCGCAACCCGUUUUUGAUGAUGACUGGGCGAACCAACUCCAACGCACCAUCAGCCCGAAGAAGCAUGAUCGACAGGCCCUUCGCGAGAGUCAGGGCAAUGUACUACGCGAACACGAAAUCAACCCUACAAAGUUUUCUCAAUCUUUUGUCGGUCGACCUAUGACUACGGCCAUGGAUUUGAUGGACUCUCUUUUCGGCGAGACGGAGAACCAACAGGUUCCCACGCGUGGACACGGCAUCGAGUUACCCUACUCCAAGCGACCCAAGACUGCAUCCGACCUCGACCAACUCACUGAUGCCGACAAAAACUUUCACAGUUGCAACAAACCGCGCUUUAGCGAAUCCAACAUCCUCAUCUACGGCAACAAAGGACCUGCGCAUCUCGAAGGUAGCGUCUUCGUUACAGCUCAGGAACCGCUCGUGGACGCUGCCAAGGAUGUUCGAUUUGUGAAGCUGCCUACGUUCGACAAUUCCGUUCCAGAGACUUUGACGCUCCAGAAUGAGCAUACAAAGAUGUCCAAUAUCGACGGGAUACCUUCAGCAAAACUCUUGACUGAUCCCGCUCCCUUGGAGUUCUCUGCCCUAUCAAAGGCUGUUGCUCUCGAUACCGUAGCAGGCGUCCACGAACAGCAAGCCUGGCAAUUGCUCUCGCUUCUGUUUGACGAUGCCGACAGAAUUCCAGUUGGCGUCCAAGUGGACGAGAUGCAGGUGUACCGGAAAGAGAAGCUGUCGGACUUUUGGAAAAUGCUUGUCUGGGACGACGCGCAGAAACAUGCUCAACAAGCCGCCACACCCGAGGAAUCCGCUAUCGCACACCUCAGUUGCAACAACGUCGCCGAUGCCUGUCACUCUCUGUUGGAUGGUCUCGAUUUGCGACUCGCUACAAUGGUUGCUCAAAUCGGCGGCGAUGAUACGAUGCGAGAGAGCAUGCAAGUCCAGAUUGACGAAUGGCGUCGUCUAGAUGUACUUGCUGAGAUGGAAGAUUCUCAACGUGCCUUGUACGAGCUCCUUGCUGGCAAUUGCACACAAUCAGAGGGUAAGAUGGGAGCAGGCAAGGAAAACCACGCCUCUACCUUUAACAUCUCAAGCCGCUUCGGUCUUGACUGGCGACGGGCUUUCGGACUGCGUCUGUGGUACGGUACGCUGGCGAACGAACCUAUCGAGAUGGCUGUUGCCCAAUUCGCGGACGCCGUUAGAGAUGGCAGGGAAAAUGUCAAGCCAGUGCCAUGGUUUAUUCAGAACAACGUCGACAUGGGCUGGAAGGAUCCUGCAGCGGAACAUCGAGAAGAUCUCCUUUGGGGUAUUCUCAAGCUCUAUGCCUCGGUAAAGAUGGACCUUCCUGCUAACGUCGAGAACGUCCUGGCUCCCGAGAACGUCUCCGGUAACCCUCUGAAUGCCCGUCUCUCAUUUCAGCUCUUCCAACUCUUCAAGUCACGCUUAGAUGAUGUGAGUGAGGCGGACGAGCGCAAGGUCCCAAUGCCUACUUCUCGCAGUCACGAUGAUGGUGAGGAGAACUACCGCCGGUCACUGCAAUCAUGGAGCGCUCCAGGUGCUGAAGACGAGGUACAAGCUGCGGAUCCGCUUGUUGAGUUGAGUGAUAAGAUCACACUCACCUAUGCGGCUUCGCUACAUACUCGGGAACACUGGACUACCGCCAUUUGGGUCUAUGCUCAUCUGUCUUCCGCCCCAAUGCGCGAGCAUUACAUUCGCUCGUUGGUCAACCAGUUCUCCAGUACAUUCGCCCUGGAAGAGAAUGACGCUACAUACGUGUGUCUUACACGGGAGCUUCAUAUACCUUCGACGUGGCUCCAUGCGGCUGCUGCCCAGCAAGCAAGAUCAAAGGGCGAUGCCCUACGCGAGGCAACCCAUCUCAUCAAAGCCGAGGAAUUGGAGGAGGCGCACGAUGUACUUUGCAGGAGAGUCGGCCCAGAAGCCAUCAUAUCUCGCGAUUACGAUGCGCUACGUGAACUCAUGGACGGUUUCGUGUCAGAGUCACCAAGUGAGCCAGUCCAAGGCUGGGCCCAAGGCGGCCAGAUCUACUUCGACUACAUCGAGCUCAUCGACCUGACCGGCCAACGCUCAACAUACCGUGUUGACGAGGAGCUAGACAACCGGGUCCAGGAAAUCCUUGCAAAGCUACAGCACGCACUCGAAAUCGCUGGCCGCGAUCGAUUGGGCUCUUGUGGCCUGGAAGAGCGUGUCGCGCUCAUGGAGAUUGCUGGUACCGUCGCCAACCUCAUCACAAAGUCUCAGCGAACGAACCGCAAUGCUAUUCUCAAGCUUCCACUCACCGAAGAUCUCUGGCUCAAGCACUCCAUCGAGCUCAGUACGAGCUAUUACCGCAACACCAUGGUGGCCAGCCGAUAGAAUUAGGUGUUCACAAAGUCUGUGUCGAUACGGUAACGUUGAAAUUACGGGGCGGUGUUGUAGCUACAAGUAGUACGAGAUUGCGUAUGGGUAUAAAGAUGAUUCUUCUUGCUUCCUCGCCUUCAUUUUCUCUGGGGGGAUUUGGAAUUUCGUAGUUAGUUGGAAACAAAGAAGACUGGUCAAGGGUUUGAAGUGAAGUGAAGUGAAUACGAACGCGAUGUAACGUAGGGGGUCGGGGGGUUGUUUACUGAUGGAAAAGCGAGUUUUUGAUUUUGCUUAUCUUUCGAUUCUUACGUGUAUAGUAUGAUUUUGUGAUGGGAAUAAGGGAAGAUGAGGUGUUAAUUGCAUUGUUUUAUUUAUUGAUUUAUUGCC